GAAAACACCAACAGGAAAUCGUCGGUAUUACGCUGGCUUGAUAGUUUUCAGGUCGUAGCGAGCAAUGCUACUCUUUGUUAAGUGAAGUGGUGAGAAAUCUUGCUCUCAAGCAACAUUUGUUCAGUUAAAUGGUUGUUUUCGCCACAUCUGCGGAUACUUGCUCUUGCGCGACGGGUAGCUUGUAGUACUUUGCUGGCAGGACUACUUAUUUCGUAGUUAGCUAACGCUAGCGUGUUAGCUGCUCAGACAACAGCUGCAGUUCGGGAGGAUGUCGCUUCACGGCAAAAGAAAAGAAAUCUACAAAUACGAGGCGCCAUGGACGGUGUACGCGAUGAACUGGAGCGUCCGUCCAGACAAACGCUUUCGGCUGGCUCUCGGGAGCUUCGUGGAGGAAUACAACAACAAGGUCCAGCUGGUGGGUCUGGAGGAGGAGAGCUCGGAGUUUGUCUGCAGGAACACAUUUGACCACCCUUACCCCACCACCAAGAUCAUGUGGAUCCCGGACACGAAGGGGGUGUACCCCGACCUGCUGGCCACCAGCGGGGACUACCUGCGCAUCUGGAGGGUCAGUGACACAGAAACGCGCCUUGAAUGUUUGCUGAAUAACAACAAGAACUCAGACUUCUGUGCUCCCCUCACCUCCUUUGACUGGAAUGAAGUUGAUCCCAAUCUGCUUGGCACUUCCAGCAUUGACACCACCUGCACCAUCUGGGGGUUGGAGACCGGUCAGGUGUUAGGACGUGUUAACCUGGUGUCUGGACAUGUGAAGACCCAGUUGAUCGCUCACGACAAAGAGGUGUAUGACAUCGCAUUCAGCCGCGCGGGAGGUGGAAGAGAUAUGUUUGCCUCUGUGGGAGCAGAUGGAUCCGUCCGCAUGUUUGACCUCCGACACCUGGAGCACAGCACCAUCAUCUAUGAAGACCCCCAGCACCACCCGCUGCUCCGCCUCUGCUGGAACAAGCAGGACCCCAACUACCUGGCCACGAUGGCCAUGGACGGCAUGGAGGUGGUCAUCCUGGAUGUACGUGUGCCUUGCACUCCCGUGGCUCGGCUGAACAACCAUCGUGCUUGCGUCAACGGAAUCGCCUGGGCCCCUCACUCCUCAUGUCAUAUCUGUACUGCAGCGGAUGACCACCAGGCUCUGAUAUGGGACAUUCAACAGAUGCCACGGGCCAUUGAGGAUCCCAUCUUGGCCUACACCGCUGAAGGGGAGAUCAACAACGUGCAGUGGGCGUCCACGCAGCCGGACUGGAUCGCCAUCUGCUACAACAACUGCCUGGAGAUCCUUCGUGUCUAAAGCCACGGACGCUUGGAUGAAGAAAGAAGGAGCUUUGUUUCAGACUUAAUUUUCUGGUCCUCAGCCCACGGCUUUCAAGACAAGGAUGAGCUCACGAGUGAACUUUCUGAACAUGUUUGGAGCAACACACACCUGCUCCACAAUAAUCUGGUUUACAUUUCCUCCCAUGUCUUUCCUCCAUCCAUCGUUCUUCUAUUAAACAUGUUUAAGCUCUUUAUUUAUUUUUGCUCACAAAGUAGUGUUUAGCAUCUGCACAGCUGCUGUAAGAAGCUUCGAACUCUGAGUGGUUGUCUACGAAAAUCUGAUUUUUAUACUCCUCAGUGUGAUUUCAAACAGAAGUCACUGUGUCGUGUGAUGUUGUUUGUUUCAUCUGUUUGAUUUGUAAAGGUUGAUACAAACUACUGUAGGUGGCUGAAGAUGACUCCUCUGGCGCGUAGGAAUGUGUCGUAGCCUUGUUGUGGACUCGGAGAUCAGUACAAUACAAUCUGUUGCAACCCAGGAAGUUCAGUUUUUCAAAUGGGUGUUUUUCCAGGUAUCCUCUCUCCAGGUGAUCGUAGUAUUGAGGCUCAAAAUGUGACCCUUGCGUUUUUUUUUUUAAAAAUUGUAAAAUAACCAGAGAGGGAUUCAUAUUGUCACUGCAGUGGUGUCGGUCAUAGUAUGGUGUGUUUUAGGUCGGCUGGUGAUGCCGUGAGGACGCCAUGUACAGAGACACGUUUAAAAAAAAAAAAAAAAAAACCUACCAGAGCAAUGUUGUUCAACCUUUUUAACUUCCUACUUAUUCUCUUCUUCUUCCUUUCUUUGUAGAAGAUUGUGCUUGGAAAGCUGCAUUUUCUUUGUGUUAGAGUGAGUUGUGAAAUGGAAGGAGAGUGAAACAACUUUCUGACUGUGUCUGCCUCUCUUUCUGUUGUUUUUCAAUAAUUAAAGGGUCAUGUCCUUGUAGCAUGCCAUUACAAGGCAAAGUGUACAUACAUAUAAAUAUAUCAACUUCAGAUGUCGGUAAGCCAAGUGUUCAUGUUGUAGCUUUUUCAUAAAGUUUAUUAUUGAAUUUGCUCUAAUAAAUUGUAUUCCUUUAUGUCCUAGGAAA